AAUGCACGUCAACCAGAGAACAUGAUGCCUCCUGCAAGUCAACUCGUGUACUCUCGCAAACACAGCUGAAAUAUUAGAGCUCUAUUGUAUUGGAGGAGGUGGCGUGACACUUCGCCGCGCUCCUAAACACUCUGCUCGUUCUGGUAAGACGAGCGGACCGUCAGCGAGCACCGUGGCCGGCACGCUGGCAUUUCUACACGUUUUAGCCUCUGCCGACCUCGUUAUCUUGAGGCUCAAGUGGCAGGUCUCUAUCUUCUCACCCCAAACCCUAGUGUUUCACUAACAGCAUGGUCAUGGCUGACUGUCACCAAAAGCCAGUGCUCAGGGGUCCUGUCCGAGUGGGCUUCUACGAUAUCGAACGGACUCUUGGAAAGGGGAAUUUCGCUGUUGUAAAACUGGCAAGACAUCGUAUAACCAAGACAGAGGUGGCUAUAAAGAUCAUUGACAAGACCCAGCUAGAUGCUGUAAACCUGGAGAAGAUCUAUCGUGAAGUACAGAUCAUGAAAAUGCUGGACCAUCCACACAUCAUUAAACUGUACCAGGUCAUGGAGACCAAGAAUAUGCUGUACCUUGUGACAGAAUACGCCAAGAAUGGGGAAAUCUUUGACUACCUAGCCAAGCAUGGACGGCUGAGCGAACCAGAGGCACGACGCAAGUUCUGGCAAAUUCUGUCUGCUGUUGAGUACUGCCACAAUCGUAACAUCGUUCACCGGGACUUGAAGGCAGAGAACCUGCUGCUAGACGGACACAUGAACAUCAAGAUUGCUGAUUUUGGCUUUGGAAAUUUCUUCCAGUCGGGUAAGCCCCUGGCCACAUGGUGUGGGAGUCCUCCAUAUGCAGCCCCAGAGGUGUUUGAGGGACAGCAGUAUGAGGGACCUCAGCUAGACAUCUGGAGUAUGGGGGUGGUUCUGUACGUGCUGGUGUGUGGUGCCCUGCCCUUUGACGGCCCCUCUCUCCCCAUCCUGCGGCAGCGUGUUCUGGAGGGCCGUUUCCGUAUCCCUUACUUCAUGACAGAAGACUGUGAGCAUCUGAUCAGGCGGAUGUUGGUGUUAGACCCUUCUAAGCGUCUGUCUAUAGGACAAAUAAAGGAGCACAAGUGGAUGGUGAUGGAGGUGCCUGUGCAGCGGCCGAUGUUAUAUCAGCAGACUGCAGAGGGGCAGGCUGGUGUGGGAGAGUACAGUGAACAGGUGCUCAGGUUGAUGCACAGCCUGGGCAUUGACCAGCACAAGACCGUAGAGUCUCUUCAGAAUAAGAGUUACAAUCAUUUUGCUGCUAUCUACUACUUGCUGGUUGAGAGGCUAAAGGCCCACCGCUGCAGUUUCCCAGUAGAGCCUCGACUCGACGCCCGCCAGAGACGUCCCAGUACGAUUGCAGAGCAGACCGUCGUCAAGGCGAGCAGCGCUGCUCCUCAGGUGAGCCUUCUGCCUCAGAACAUGCGUCUCCUGCGAUCCCCAGCUGUGCCUCAAGCCUCUGCGGACUCCUUCACAUUCCCACAGUCCACCUGUGCUACUGAGCACAGCCUCAUGGAGGAGGAGGUUGGGACUCCCAAAGUCAACGGCUGCAUGCUGGACCCGUUGCCCCCUGUGGCCGUUCGCAAAUCCAGCGCCUCGUCCCCCAGCAACAUGAUGGAGAUGUCUAUAGAUGAGGGCAUCGAGACGGAGGAGCUGGACACUGAGGAUGAUCAUGCCCAUGUCUUCAACGCCUAUCAGACAGCCCGCUUUGGUCAGCGCAGACACACGCUGUCUGAGGUCACCAACCAGCCAGGAGUCAUAACCAGUGGAGGUAAACUGUUCAGCAUGGGUCAUAACCCCUCUCUGGGUAGCGUGGACUCAGAGUAUGACAUGGGCUCUGUGCACAGUGACCUCAGUCUGCUGGAGGAUGCACCCUCUCUUAACGAAGUGGUCCUGGCCAACACACCCGUCACCCGCAUGACUCCGCCCUUCAUCAGCGCUCGGCCCGCUAACCCCGCCAUGCAGGCUCUGAGCACCCAGAGGAGAGAGACACACAACCGCUCUCCCAUCAGCUUCCGCGAGGGCCGCAGGGCGUCAGACACCUCACUUACACAAGGCUUGGUGGCCUUUAGACAGCACCUACAGAAUCUGGCACGGACCAAAGGUAUCCUGGAGCUAAAUAAGGUGUAUGAGCAGAUGGGCUCUGGAGAAACCCCUUCCCUGGGGCUGCUGAGCCUUCAGGCACAUCCACAUGACUUACUGGACCCUGCACUACAGGAGGAAAGAGGUCACCAGCAUGACAUGGCUCUGUGCUCAGGUGGAACACACCCCGCACUGUUGUCAAGGAGACAGAGUCUGGAGCCGCAGUACCUCUCUCACAGAAUACAGAAAGCCACACUGAUGGCAAACAGCCCCAACAAUUGCCAGAUGUUCUGCAAAGAAACUCCUCGCAGUCUGGAGCAGCAGCUGCAGGAACACAGGCUGCAACAAAAACGCCUAUAUCUGCAGAAACAAUCCCAAAUGCAGGCAUACUUUAACCAGAUGCAUAUUGUGGAGGACCCUUACGCUCCCUGUGCAACCAUGGGCCACCAGGACUCCGGAGCCCCACCUCAGCCACAGGGUUUGAUUGCACCAGCACAUCAGCAGCAGCAGAGCCCCCAGACCUCACCUCAGUUUGCACACACACAGCCACUCAGCCACCUAAUGGAGCCCAACCCAGAAGCCCUAGCAUAUGAACCCUACUUGGGACAUUACCCUCAAAUGCAGCCUCUACAACAAAGCUUCUCUGUUCAGCUGCAGCCCCAACAGCCUGAACCCCUCAACUACACCUACCCAGCCUGCGAUCCAAACACAGGAGAAGCACUGUACCCGGAGCAAUACGACUAUCCUCUUGAUCCCGGGCAGCCGCCUCCACCCGCAGAGGGCGGCGCUGCUGGGUACGAAGGCCUGGGGUUGGCUGACCCAUUUCUGGACAGCGAAAUGAUGGAGACCGUGGACCCCCAGCACGGUUUCGUACUGGUGAAUUAAGCCGAGACUCGAAUAACCAGUAUUACCUUGAUAUCUGACUCACUACGGAUGAAUUGACGGAUGAGAUGAUGUCACAGGGAUGGAUCGAGUUUUGUACGUUCAACAUUUAGGUUGUGGCGAAAGUGAGCUGUAAUCUUUAUACUUUACGAAACUCCUCCCUACCUCCCUCCUCGUUCUCCAGUGGUCCCACCUGCUGCUCUCUCACAAUAGAGUGCCGGAUGGCGUGGCGUUCGAGCCAGUUGCGUCGAGGGGCUCACCUCCUCGCCUUCAAGCCGACCGCAGGAUAGGAGCUGCUCGCUACGCUCCAUAUGUAGCACAAAGACAGCCUAGAUCUGCAAUACAGAGCCUGCUCGACAGCACAACUCAAUACUGACACGUUUUGUACUGAACAAAAUCACUCAAAGCGUCUGACUUUGAUUAUGAAAGACUAGUCGUGCACACUCGAUAAGUGCAAUGUUAGUUAAAAACACAUGGCAAUAUUGAAGCAAUAUACUGAUUCGUUUGGAACUGAAGAAAAAAAACGAAGCCAUAAGUAGGAACUGCACCACCCAACACUGCUAUCACCGGAUGUUUCUCAACUUCUAAACGGCUCAAGUCCAAAUCCACAGAGACUUGUAGACGAAGCUGUGAUUUUGACUAUUUUUUUCACUGGAUUCCCUCCUCAUGCUCAUUCUAAAGGCCCUGAAAAUAACAAUCUGUUCUCCUCAAACCGCAACAGUGUUAUUUUGUUUGCUGAUAUCGCAGUUCUUCAGAAUCUGCACUCAAAUUGGUGCACUGUGAAGGGAUGAGUCAUGACUCUUGUAUGUCAGGUGACAUUAUCACCUCCAUGGGCGAUGUCGGCAUGAAUUUAAAUGAUUUAGAGAAUUCAAUUAUUAUUUUGGUGGUAUUUACCCCUUUACACUAAAGAACACAUCAGCAUUCACGUUUAUUCACAAGACACUGGAUUGUUCGGCCAAUUCAUUGCAUUUACGACAGACAAAACAGAGACUGUUUUUGUUAGCAGCACUUAGUAAAUCUGUUCUACUUGAAAUGACAGUCUGUGACUAAACCCAGAUAUCAGAUACUCUACAGAGAACGAUCAUGACGCAAAUUGGUCGCAAGGUUCAGGGCUUUGUAACAGAACACAUAUUAAAGGAAUAGUUCACUCAGAAAUUAAAAUUCUGUCAUCAUUUACUCCGCUUCAAGUUGUUCCAAACUGGUAUAAAUUUCUUUGUUUUGCUGUAUACAAAAGGAAGAUAUUUGGAUAAAUGUUUGUAACCAAGCAGAUCUCGCCCCCCCCAUUGACUACCAUAGUAGGGUAAAAAAAAUACUAUGACAGUCAAUAGGGGGCGAGAUCUGCUUGGUUACAAACAUUCUUCCAAAUAUCUUCCUUUGUGUAUAGCAGAACAAAGACAUUUAUACAGGUUUAGAACAACUUGAGGGGGAGUAAAUGUUGACAGAAUUUUCAUUUUUGGGUGAACUAUCCCUUUAAGGCAGAUAAUAUACUGGAGCACUUUGUCAAGGAAGCUAAAGUUAAUGUAGCUGAGGAGACGGCAGAUGUGGUGAACCUGCUUUGCUAGUUUUGUCAAAUAAGAGACAUACAAUUCAUCUCUUUCCAAUAACGUGCUCCCUGCAAGCCGGCGCUCUCUCAAAGAAGGAUUCCGAGGGAGCGCGACUUGGCGAUUGUUUUGUGUAACGUAGGGGUUAGAAACUUUGAAAGUGCUUUCAAAAUGCAACAAAUUUUGUAUUUAAUGUGAUAGUGUUCUGUGUGCCUUUUUCUUCAUUCUUUUAAGUUAAGAUCUUAAAUGGACAGUUCACCUAAAUGAUCAUUCCGUCUGCAUUUACUCUCCCUCAUGUCGAUCUAAACUUGUAUGGCUGACUUUCUUUGGUGAAACACUUCCAAGCAUCAAAAAGGAUGCAAAAGCACCAUAAAACUAUCAAGAAUGUGGUCCGUAUGGGUUUGGAACGACAUGAGGGUGAGUAAAUAAUGACAGAUUUUCAUUUUUGGGUGAAUUAUUCUUUAAUAUCUUUGUUUUUCCAGUUUGAUUCUGUUUGUUUUGUGACAGGACAUAUGUAGACCCAGGUUUUACAAAGGUACAAAACCAAAGUCCCCUCAGAAGUGUUCCUGUAAAACCCCACCGUGUGGAGUUUGGAGCUUCUUGGACAGCUUCAUAACAGUGCUUUUUUUUUUUUGGUCAAUCAGUAUAUGCCGUUGAAAAGUAUUAAUAGCAAUAUUUCUUAUGAAUAGUUCAGAAAGAACAGAUUAGUGAAUGUGUUGCCAUAUCAUAAUCACACCUCUUGCUGGCGAACACCAUUCCUUAGACAUCCUACAAUUCUACAUUUACCUUCAUGGUUGUUGACCACACAUAAGCUAAUGUGCUGUUAAGAUUAAAAAAGAUUUAUUGAACAAAGCGUUUUGGGUAUUUUUACUUUUCUGGUGGGAUUUUGACUAUCACGACUCAUUCUUUGGGGCUGUUCACACAGGCAUUUUUGCAUUUGACUGCUCUGCUUUAACACCUUCACACAGCAGCAGAAUACAAUUGUCAGUACUGUAUUUGAUCCUUAAUACGGAUACAUUCACACACAGUUCAGUUAUUUACCGGAGUGACAAGUCACAUGGGGAACGUUUCUGAACUCACAACAGCAUUUCCCACGAAGCCCUGCUGUGUGAACGGAAACUUGCAGAGUCGCAGAUAUGAGCUAUGUCAUCUGAAGGUUUUAAACACACGGCCUCAUUUAUAAAAACGUACAUACGCAGAGAUUUGAACUUCAUAUUUAAACAGUCUUUGACCGGCUGCAUCCGGUGCCUCGCUGCCUUAUAGGCCCUUUUCACAUGUCAGGGUUUCUCGAAGCGGAAGUUGUCAUAGUUGGGUAAAAUUCUAUGGCGGUGAAUGAGAGAAUACAUUACAUUAUUUUUUUUUUUGUGUGUGUCCCCAUCAAAUAGCAAAAGAAAAACUCAACAACAGUGUUUUCACAACUUUCAAAAAGAAGGAAAAAAUAGAGAGAGAUUGAUAACGGCAGUCAGAAGACAGAAAGAUGUCAACACCCUCACAGCAGUGUUAACUAGUUUUUUGUAAUUUGUUGAAAAGGUAAUACAAUACUAAGUACAGUGUUAUAAAUGUACAUACAUUAAAAAAAAAAAAAAUGAAAAUAUAAAAA